AUGGAGGGUCAUGUUUCACAUAUUGUUAACAAUGUCAAAACCAACGCAUUAGAAUCAGACUCAAAAGCUAUGAUUCUAUUAAUGGGUCUUAGAAGAGGUGGUAAAUCUUCAAUUUGCAAAGUAGUAUUUCAUAAUAUGCAACCCUUAGAUACAUUAUACUUGGAAUCAACAUCUAACCCAACGGUUGAGCACUACUCUACUUUAAUUGAUCUAGCAGUGAUGGAAUUGCCAGGCCAGCUAAAUUAUUUUGAGCCAAGUUAUGACUCUGAACAUUUGUUUAAAAGUGUGGGUGCACUGGUAUAUGUUAUUGAUGCUCAAGACGAAUAUAUGAGUGCUAUUGCAAAUUUGGCAGUAAUUAUGGAAUACGCAUAUAAAGUGAACCCAUCAAUAAAUAUUGAAGUUUUGAUACAUAAAGUUGAUGGGUUAAGUGAAGAAUUCAAAAUAGAUGCACAACGUGAUAUCAUGCAGAGAACCGGAGAAGAGUUAUUAGAGCUAGGGAUGGAUGGUGUUCAAGUUUCGUUUUACUUAACAUCCAUUUUUGACCAUUCAAUAUAUGAAGCAUUUUCAAGAAUUGUCCAAAAAUUAAUACCUGAACUAUCUUUUUUGGAAAAUAUGUUGGACAAUUUAACUGAACACUCUAAAAUUGAGAAGGCAUUCUUGUUCGAUAUUAAUUCUAAAAUUUAUGUUUCAACAGAUUCAAAUCCUGUCGAUAUUCAAACAUACGAAUUAUGCGCUGAGUUUGUUGAUUUAACCAUUGAUUUGUACGAUUUGUAUAAGAUACCCAAGAAUUUAAAUGCAACAUCAGACAUGUCCAUUACAGAUAGUAAACUAAAAGAACAGCGAUCAGCAGUGGAAUCUUCAGAGCUUAAAAAUAUUUCUCAACUAGAAAACGGUGUGAUAAUAUAUUUCAGAGAAAUGAUUAGGGGACUGGCUCUAGUUGCGUUAAUAAGAUCCAACGGUACAGAUAUGGAAAGUUGUAUAACGGUGGCAGACUACAAUGUAGAUAUAUAUAAGCAAGGCCUUAAGGAAAUUUGGGCCAAAUCUAAAGUACCCCCAAUAGCUUCUCAUAUCUCAGUGAAACAGAAUAUAGAAUAG